UUUUUCAUUACUCACUCGAAACAUCUUUGUCUUUACUUAUUCUUAUGAUAUGCAGAAUUUGUGACAUAGCAUGCACAAUCUCUAAAGCUAUUAAUAUAAAAAAGGGUGAUGUUUAAAUGAAAUGUGAAUUUGAAAAUGGCAGCCAAGGAUUUUACUGAAAAAACAGAUGUAACAGAUCAUUUUAGAGGAACCCAUGAGGUACAGGAAUGUCUGAAAGGCCAAACUGAGGCAGAUCUACACACACACGUGGCAAACUGUAAGAAAAAUCCUGGCCAUACAGGGUUUAUUCCUGUAAAAAAGUUUAGAAAAGAACAUCUUCCUCCCGGUUACCAGGAUAGUGACAUCUAUGACGUCAUUAAUGCCUUUAGUUACCUAACUGUCAGGAUAGCCGUUAAGUUUACAAGUACAAACAGACCGGAAGUUGUGUUUUGUACUAAAGAUCCAUAUCCUUUCUACAAUAUCAGGGGGAAAAACGUAUUAAGAACAGGAACAGGGGCAGUAUGGAUGGUGAGACGUAUAAAGGAUACAACUUGUCCAUGUCCGGAAUGCAAAAGCUCUGCCAGGCCACAGAACAAAUGGUGUCAGGUGUGGGUGUCGACAGCCAGACACGUGAUCUUUGACUCAACUGAGGCGAGACAGUCCAGCUGUAGGUUAUGGUUUGAUGAUGAUCAAAGUCCAGUGGUCAAGAUUUAUGGAUGGAAGGCGUGUGGGAUAUCAACAACUGACCAAGAUUUCUGUAUGUUGGUUUGUGUAACCCACGACUUAGAAAUUGGGCAAAAACUGUUGAAUGUAAUUUGGAGGUUUGAGGAAGUGUGGGGUAAAGUACAGAAAAAAUACGCCAGUAAGAAUGAGGUGGACAAGGUGGCCAUUAUAGUGUCACAUCCUCAUGGUUGUUCUAAGCAGGUCUCUGUAGGUCACUGGGUACACAGGCAAGAUGUACCUAGAUCCCCCGGUUACACCAGGUACACGUACACAACUUGUACAUGCCCAGGUAGCAGUGGGGCUUCUGUAUACAGGCUGGGGUGGACUGACCAUAAACACACGGGGGUCAACUCUAGUGGCAUUAACUACAGCACUGCCCAAAUGGAUUGUGAUUUUAGUUUUACUGGAGAAAAUCUGCACAUUAAACGUUUGCGCGAGGGGAAUAUGGAAAAUAUUGAUUGGAUUUUAUCUUUGUCUGAUGAUAAAUUACAGUCUUUGUUGAAAUAUUAGCAUUUGUGUUUAGCCUUUCGGGACUAGAGAAUAUCUAAUGCAGGGAGGCAUUAAUUAACAACAGUGAAAUUUCGUGUUACUAUUUAACCGAUGUCAUGUUUAUCAAACAAUUUUUUUAAUAAAAAAUACAUAAAAACGUUUAUAAUUACAAGCUUUUAUAAAUGCACUAAAAAGAAGAAAAUAAUACUAUUUUUAUUAAAUCUAAUAUAUAAAGCUCAGUUCUGUAUGUAAUGCAUUUGUAUGUCGUUGGAAUUGUACGAUUUUAAGUGUUAGAAAAAUUAUCGUGCGCAUUUGUCUAAAUUUAUGAGCUAAAAAAUUACUAUUGAAAGUGUUGGGAAAUAAUUUUCAUUUUUCAAAUUAUAGUAAUAAUUGUCGGCAUGUUCAUUAAACACAAGUUUUAAAAAAAAUAUCAUCUUUUACAAAAAUUCUAAUUAUGUCUUU